CCAAUUAUUCUUCCCAUCAUACCAUUUCUUAUGAGGCCCAAAUAAUUAUAAUUUACCCUAUUCUAUAAAUAUCCCUUUGAUCCCCAAAUUUGCCACACAAAAGUCAAAGGGGUGAGCUUUUUUUUUUUUUUUUUUUUUUUUCUUUUCCUUCUUCCUCAUUUUCUUUCUCUUGUUCUUACUUUUCUUUUCCCCUGCUUCACGUGAACUGCUCACAAUGCAAGGAGAAGUUGGAAGCUUUGCUCCUCCACGUUACCCGCCACCUCACACCUGCCACGUCACCAGCCACCUCCGGCCGCCCAGCAGCCGCCGGCGACCAGUCGACCACCACCACCACGGGAGACUUGGUUCCAGAGGUGUUGUAGUGUAAUUGACCAUUUUAAGAGCUUAAUUGAGCUCUGAGAAACAAAAAAGCAAGCAAGAAGAAAAUGGGGCAAAAGAGGGAAGAAUACGAGCAUCAUCCAGCAGUAGACAGUCUAGUCACCCUCUUCACUAAAGCUCACCAUGAUCUCUCUCUUCUUCACUUCAAACUCGACAAAGAAUUCCAGCAAAUUUACCCAGAUAAUGCUAAUCCUAUGAAACUUGUGGGUCGGAUUAAGAAAAUUCAGGAUGAACUUUCUUCUCUUAAAGAUCAAUGUCGCCAGCUUCUCACUGCUAAGCAGGACUUAAUUGAUAAGGCGACUUCCAUUCUUGUUGGAAACAGAAGCAUGGUGCAGCGCAUGCAGGCAUCUGUUGGAAUUCCAGUGACGGAUGAUUCUGAAGAUGCUGCCUUUUCCAGCUUUAAUCAGAUUAUCGAUGAAUGGACCACUCAUGUCAGAUCAAAAGCAGGAAAUGGAGGCGACACUUCCAUGCCAGAGGAUAUCAACGAUUUGUUGUUUGCAUCAAUUGUUCGGAGCACUUAAUGUUGUAUAUUGAUCUGGUGAGAGCAAACGGAUCCAGAUUAAUGACAAAAGUGAUCAUUUGUACAAAUUACAGGCAAUUGUUUUCUGCCCAUUGAAUAGCUGUCUUGUGUAUUUACUUCAUGAGUUUAUUAGCUUAAACUGGAUCCGUUGGUUUUGGACCUCUUAGGUAAGUUGGUGAGGAUUUAUGUAGCAAGUGGGUGAGGCAAAUAAUUAGUAUUGCCUAGGUAAAUUUUAUGAACAGGCUGAGUACGUUGUUGCCCAUUUAUGUGAAUAGCUGUAUCUUUUGCUCUACUGAUCUGUGCACCACAGAUUCUGCAUUAAUUGUUACUCGUAUCAAUCUUACAGUCUUACCCAUUUGGACUUUCAUGUU